CACUGUAUAUUGUCUAUAUAUAUUGUUUGUCCUGCUUAUGUAUCCACUAUGAAAUCCUCAAAGAUAUGUUUCACUCUUAGUCGUAAAGAUGCUGGAUGAAUUCCUGUCUCCAACGAAGUCAGUGGGAGUUUUGCUAUUAAUUUUGGUAUAGCUAGAAUUUCAGGCAUUAUAUGCAACACAUUUUUUCAGUCUUUCUCAGGAUGAUAAGUUCUUACAAGAUCAUGCAAAUCACACCACAGGAAUUCAACACAUUUUGACAGUUAUGGGAGAAAAUGCUUUCAUUAUAUAGGAAAUUGUGUUAUUUAACUAAAGGAACAAUUUAUAUCAGGCCAAUUUGUCGUAUAUGAAAGCAUUCAUCAAUAAUUGUUUAUGUUCUUUCUUCGUCUUGUUAGCGUAGAAAAACACUAUGUAUUUUUGUUUGAUUCUGUAAGUAAUCUCAUUAGGACCAGAUGGCAUCUGUCUACUACAAACAACCCCUUUUCACCACUCUGCAGAAGCGUACCAGUAAAGCACACCUGAUAUACUCAUGAAUGGGAUACAUGAAACCAAAUUUACAUAUAACAGUUGUACAAAUACACCAUUAUAAUUAUAUGGCAUUAUGAAAUGAAUGUAAAACAGGUAUUGGCUGCCUCCUCCUCCAGUGCCAAUUAUUUCCAGACUGUUCAAGCAACCUAAAUGUGAAAGUACCACUGUCUUUCAUCAGAAAAGAUUUCUUAAAUUUUUUGAACAAAUGAAUAAGAAACUGAGGAUGUGGAACUACAGCACAAGGUAUUUCACAAACUCAAAAGUGCCAGUCUUCUUUGUAGCUUAUUACACAGUUCAUGGAUGUAAGUGACGGGCUCUAUUCCACGCAAUUGCCAUGGGACAGGUUUUUCCCUGGCUAUAUGACAUCCAGUGAUCCACAAUGGAAUCCAUGCAGCAUUGCAGAAACAUGUCUAUUUGAGAGCUCGGAUAGGAAAAAGGGCUAAUAUGCAGCUCUUCACUUUCUUUUUCAUAAGAAACAUCACAAUUACCUACAGUUGGAUAUACAAGCACUAAGUGGUAAGGAGAUCAAAUGGUAGCUUAAACUAGCAGUACAUAUUUAGUUAUAUCUUUUUUUGACCGGUUGGAAUAUAUGACUUCUUUAUUAAUAUUUAAUAGCCCAUUUUCAUGCUUAAACAAACAUCUUACAUUUUGGCUGUCUGUCAACCUGCCAAGAGUAUGUACACGGUGUUGUGGUAAUCCUGAAUUAAUUUUGCAUCACAGACACUCCGCACAAGCAAAGAGUAGUUUAGAUGUAUAUUUACAGACUUUCCUAAUGCAUUCAUUUCAAGCUAUGCCAUACACAGGAUUUGCACGUUGAUGCAGUAUUGAACGAGCACGGAUCCUUUUCCCCCAGGAAGGCUUUUCUCAAGGAUCUCAAAUCAAUGCAUGAAAGGAUAAGAGUAGGGAAGUGAGGUGUGGAGCACAGAGCAGGCUUUUACCUUUUCAGCCCAAGGCAGAUGAUUUACAGAUAGUUCACGUGAUCUAAAAGUGGCCCAUUCAUUUCUUUCACCAUAAAAUAUCCCUGGCAUGUCUCAACCAAAUGAAUCAACACAAAAAGUGGAAGGGGCAGCUCUGCAGCCUAGAAGGUAUUUUGCAGCUGUGGCAUAAGAUUUGCAGAUCUAAAUGGGGUAGGGUGGCAGGCUUUUUGCAGUCAGGAAGGAGCUGGGCAGCCUUGGGGUAAGAGCUAAGUGAGGAAGAUGAAGGGAUCCCGAGUGGGGGGUGACUUUCUUCUUCCUCAGGCCUCCCUUGCAUGGCCCCCGCAGCCCAGUCUCGAAGCUCCGCUGAGCUGCUCAAGCACCCGCCUUCCCCACACGGGGGUAGCCUUCAGCCCCAGGCCACAGGGCUGCCCCCGGUGCCUUCCAUUACUGCCCAUCUAGGCAACAGCCCCAGCGCUAACGAAGAGCAGUAGAUCCUGUGGCGUCCCACGCCUUUACCGCGGGGCCCGCUGCACUUAAAGGGUUAAAACAGAGGGCAGCGUCACAGCCGACUCCGCCGGGCCGGGACAAGACAAUUCUCUCCCCCCUACCCCCCCGUGGAAACGAGGCUCCAGGACCAAGAGGGCAGCUUCAACGGCCUCUGUUGCGCCUGCGCACCCCUUGUGCGCCGGCUCAGUGGCAGGACCCGGCUCGGUUCCAGGAGCGGGCCCAGCUGAGGGCCACAGCAGCUUCAGCGGCCCCUGCUGCGCUUGCGCAUCGCUUCCGCGCAUGCUCAUUGGCAGGACCCAGCUCGGCUCCCGUCGUUUUCCAGCUCUGCUUCCAACCGCAGCUUCGCAGCCCUCAACCGCUGCGCGCCCCUCCCCCUCUCGGUCCGGACGGUGAGUAACGGCUGCCCCGGCCCCGCGCGCGCCCGGCCCCGCCCCCCGCUCCCGGAGGGGCCGGGGCUGCGACGUCUCCCUUGUGGUGCGCCCCGAGUUGCCGAGGCGCUGCGGGCGCCUGACAGCGCUUUGGGACCUGCUCGUGGCUCUUGCGGGGGCGCCUCAGCCCGCCGGGCUCUGCCUGCCUGUUCAUAGCACGUGUUUCCAGUAGGCACCGAGACGGGGAAACUGGAGGGGUCCGCCUCUGGUCUGGAGACGCCCGCUAGGACUUGGGCUUUUUUGAAUGGUUAUAAUUUUUUUCAGCGCACAGAGUGACACCCAUCGGGGCCCCGGAGAUCCCUCCUUUGUCAGUUAUAUGAAUAAUAGGGGUAGCGCCUUUCAAUGCUCAGAACCUGUUUUUGGACACUAAACUAUGACAUCAUGGCAAGAUUUCGCAGAAGAACAUGUGUCAUUCUGUUACUUUUUAUUUUAUUUAUUUGCUCCAUAAUGAUGGCCUUGAAGACUCUCAGACCUGACAGAGCUGGUUUUGGGGAUCCAUUCGGACUUGGUCUGUUACCAGAGCUUCAACAACGGACAACGCUCUUAGAAAAUAAGCAAAAUCCACAAAAUGAUGCAAAGGGAGAUAGCAUAAUGCACACCAAUGUUUUGCACAGUAUUGCAGUUAAUAAUAUGAAAGCAUCUAUGGCUUCUGAAGUAAAGCUUGAAGAGGAAUUGCCUUCUCCUAAUUACAACUUUCAUGUAUUCUACUACAGCUGGUAUGGUAAUCCACAGUUUGAUGGUAAAUAUAUUCAUUGGAACCAUCCUCUGUUGCCACACUGGGAUCCCAAAAUUGCAAACAAUUAUCCAAAGGGAAGACACAGUCCUCCUGAUGAUAUUGGAUCCAGUUUUUACCCUGAACUUGGAACUUACAGCUCCAAAGACCCUUCUGUCAUAGAAGAUCACAUGAAACAAAUGCGUUCCGCCUCCAUUGGUGUAAUAGCUCUUUCUUGGUACCCACCUGGUAUGGCUGAUGAAAAUGGGGAACCUACUGAUGAUUUGGUACCUAUUAUUUUGGAUGGUGCACAUAAAUACAAUCUAAAGGUCACUUUUCAUAUUGAGCCCUACAAAGAUAGAGACGAUCGCAGUAUGUACAACAAUGUCAAGUACAUAAUAGACAAAUAUGGAGGACAUCCAGCCUUUUACAGGCAUAAGACCAGCACAGGCAGAACGCUUCCCAUGUUUUAUGUUUAUGAUUCUUACGUAACAAUACCUGAAAUAUGGGCAAAUCUGUUAACUGUUUCUGGAUCACAAAGCAUUCGCAGUACUCCAUAUGAUGGAUUGUUCAUUGCACUUCUAGUAGAAGAAAAACAUAAACAUGAAAUCCACAGAAGUGGUUUUGAUGGAAUUUAUACAUACUUUGCCACCAAUGGCUUUUCUUAUGGCUCGUCUCACCAUAAUUGGGCAAGUCUAAAAUCCUUUUGUGACAGUAACAACUUAAUGUUCGUUCCAAGUGUGGGACCAGGUUAUGUAGAUACCAGUAUCCGACCAUGGAACAACCACAACACCCGUAAUCGUGUCAAUGGGAAAUAUUAUGAAACUGCUUAUAAUGCAGCCCUUUUGGUGCGACCAGAAAUUAUUUCCAUCACCUCUUUUAAUGAAUGGCAUGAAGGAACUCAAAUUGAAAAAGCUAUUCCCAAAAAGACUGGACAGGUAGUUUACCUGGAUUAUAAACCCCAUAAACCAAAUAUUUAUCUUGAACUCACUCUCAAGUGGUCUGAGAAAUAUAGAAAGGAAAAAGAACAGUGGCUCAUGUGAACUGCUAUGGUCCUUGUUUUUUAGUACAAUGCAUCUAUCGUAGAGAUGGAAAUUACACUGGGAGUUCUAAUUCAAUCAAUAAACGUGUGUGUGUCAUCAUGGAUAUACUCAAAGAAAUUGUUUUAGCCUUUGAAUGUAAUAUAUGCACUAUUAUUGUACAUUUAUUAGACUUUGGGGGAUUAAAAAUAACAGUAAGGAGCAAUAUCGGCAUUUUAGCCUUUAGGAUAUUGCAAAUGGAUAUUUUGGGAAAAGCUAGAUACUUUCUAAUUCAUAGUAUGCACAUAAUGCUAGCAGAAGUCUGCCUAAAAUAACACAUAGGUGACUCAAGUAGAAUAAGAAAAUCUGGCAUUCAUUACCUUUUGCUGCUGUAUAGUUGUGUUUUAGAUGGCAGUGCUUUGAUUACAGUUUUGUCAUUAAUUUCAUGCAGGAUAAAUGCCUGCUGUGUAAAAUGUAAUAUACCCUAUCUGCCUUUUGUUCCCGAUGCAUAUUCCCUUUAAACAUUUAACUUUUCUGUGAUUAUAAUACCCAAAACUGGUUUUUAAAGUUAUGGUUUUUAAAGAUUCUGGGUUCAGACAUUCAGUGAAAGCUUAUCAGUUUACCUCCAAAUCAGUGUUAUUUUGAUUCUGAUCCACAGUCAUGUUGAUAGUAAAUGUCAACAAAAGUAAUUGAAAUUUUCAAACCAGAUGAGGAUUAACAAAAGAACAGUAAUUAAAGAUGCAAAGGAAAGAGGUAUCAGAAUAAUGAAUCACUGGGUGAGUGGGGGAGAAUCAAUCUUACCCAAGAUUUUAUUUCAUUUUCACCAAUGAUAGAUUUUUUGUUUUCUUACUGAUUGCAGACUAAGAACUAAUGUUUGGGUAAAGAUUUAAAUAUUAUAAGUCACAUAUUCAACAGAUCAUCUUUCAGAGAGUCUUUCUUUCCUUCAUGAUUUUAAGAGAACAUAGCACACUAGCCAUUAGAACAAAUUUGUCUGUUGCCCUUUGAAAUCUGACAUUUCAACUUUUCAGACAGUUUGUUGCUUUUUUGCUGUACUUAAGACAGCGCUUAACAAAUCAUGUCUUAAUUCGAGUUCCAGAAAAAAAAUAAAGCAAAAUUAUUAUUCUUAUUUUAUUUCACAGCCUCCUUAACUAUAAAUAAGUGCUUAUGGCCAGGUCUAUGUAUAAAUUUACUAUGCCAGCCACAGCACCCUCAAACACAUGGCAUUACUGGAGACAAGCUGCCUCCUAAACUAGAAAGAGAGUAGCUGCAUUUGUGUAUCCAACAAGCUAAUUGCCAUUACUGAGUGACAGGAGUAGUUAUCCUACCCUUAUGCUAAUUAACCCACCCACAGGGACAAACAGAAGCAGAUUCACAGUUUCUGAUUUGUGGAUCAGCCAACCCAUCAUGCAUACUUGAGGAUGUUGGUGUCAAACUUGGUACACGUACCUGAUAGACAUGGCCUCAUACUGGUUGAAAGCUGAGAAUCUCAGCCUUCAAAUUUCAUGAGUCAUUCAGUUGUAGUUCUUGUUAUUUCUGAAAUGCCAGACCUUGAGAGAGUCAGUCUGGGCUCAUCUCUGUCUAAUAAUAUAGGCCUGAAUAAAAAAGUCUGCACCCUUGGACCAAUAGAAUUUGAAUAUUUGAUCUUAUGAGAACUUGUGGGUUCUCUAACAGCUACUUAACCUGUGGCAUAAUAUAUUUGGAUUUUUGUUUGUUUGUUUGUUUUGCUCAUAUUAGGCCCUGUUCCUGAACUGUGGUUAAUAUGGGGAAACUGUUAUGCCUAUAAAGUCUCAUUGACUUUACUGCAUCUAUGAAAACCCCUAUUAAUCUAUCCAUGAAAUCAGAAGGCAGGAUUGUGAAACCUUAUGGUUAGAAAAGGCUACAUUUUUUUUUCUAAAAUGUAUGUUUAAAUUUAAUCUCAAGUGAACAUUUCUGCUAAUGGUUGUUAGUGACCACCUGAUCUGAAAAAGGAAGGGUGGUUUUAAAACUUUUUCAACAGCUCUCAAUAGGCUAAAAACAGCUUUUAUCACCUUAACCAUUCAAAGAUUCUGUUUUUGUUUAAAUGAAGCUUUUGAGUGCUGAAAUGCUCUAAUUGUUUCAUAGAUCCAGGAUCACAACCUAAAUUUUAUUUGUUAAAAUGGCUUUGUUGUUAAACACCAAACAUUAGAGGGAUGGAAAUGCCAGUUUAUUUUAAACAGAAGUAAAUUCUUCGCUAUCACAAAGAACAUACAAGUUCAGAUUCACAGCUAUAGCCAAGGACCAUCAGGAGCAAUUUAGAGAAGGAGUUGCAAAGGAACCAAUUUUAUGACUCUCAACUGCAGUUAGUUUUGCUCUAGUUGUAGUCCAUUGAUGUAGCUUAGGAGUUGCCUCACAAUUUUUCUAAGCUACACUAGCUGGCCCACAGCAUUGUUCUGUGGUCUCUGGCUCACAGCAUUGUUCUGUAACCCAGAGGAUUAUGGGAGCAGUGAUAUGCACUGACCAUGUAAUACUUUACAUGAGUUAGACCCCUAUAUUAGAGGCUUAAAAACCAUACGUCUUAAGUGGCACCAUAGGCAACAUUUUGGUCUUACUAGUCCAAUGUAUAGUCUUACUAUUCAGUGGACUGGUGCAAAGUUUGUCCUGUGCAUUAGACCCAUAGCACCAGGUGAAGAGUAUUGCAUAAAAUUGGGACAGAUUCUCCAUUGUCCUGCAUGUUGUAUAGACUCCUACAGUUAGAUCCACAAGACUCAAAGGUGCUGACAGACAUACAGCUCCCCAUUCUAACUCACAGCACUUCAUGGAAAGAGCUGAGUUAGAGCAAUCCCCCCCCGACCCAUCAGACAUUUGCUGUUGGAUGGGGGAGAGAAUCAAGCUCCACUUUGGAACCAAUCCAGGAGGAGCUGCCUGCCUGCAGGCUCUCUCCCCUAGUGUGUCCCAUCCUGUUUCCCCAAUCCCCUCCCUCCUCCCCCCCAGUUUCAGUGCUGUCUACAGGAUGGGAGUGGGGAGGAGGGAGCUCUGGGCUAGGGUUUACCCAUCCUGAGCUAGAGGAGGGGGGAGGGACAGGUGGAUUGGAGCCCCCCACCUUGGCGAGGGGAAGAAGGGGGUGCUCCAAUACACUUACGCCCCCCUACAGUUCAAGCUGGGCAAACCCCAGCUAGAAGCUUACAUGAAGGUUAAUUUAUUGUGCAAUUGGGCACUUUUAAAGUGCUUUGUAGCGGUGUACUUCUGUGAAGGGGCCUAUCACACGACAAAUGUCACUUCUGUCAGUACCCUAAAUGCCUAUACUUCACCCAAGUCCAAAAUCUUCAAAACAUCUGCUCAGCUAUCAUAAUAUCCCAGUGGCACGUACAGUCUGUUAGUACCAAAGUGUUUGAUUAUUUUUCCUUAAUUAACCUAAAGUUCUGCAUAGGCCUAGAAGUGCCUCAGUUUUGGCCAUGCAGAGCAGCUCACAAGUUGUUUGCUUGCGUUACCUAAAGGGGUUGAUAUGGUACAUGUGCUCAGAAUAUACUGAACAAUUCAGGCUAUGCCUGAAACAUAAGUGUAACAGGGUUUACACCCCAUUCUAGUGCUACUAGAGCAGAAUAAUUAGCACAUACCAUUUCCUGCUGUAAAUGCUUAUACAGAGUGCAGGACUCAAAGAAUCUGGCCCAGGGAAUGCUUACCAAAACUUCUUGGAUUCUGUUCUUCCUUCAGUGUACAUCUGUCACAGUGUACAAUGUGUAUUUGCAUAUGCAGUGAAUGCAGUAGCACUUGUCCUUGUUUUAUUGAGAAACUAAAUGUAAAAUGUGGCUUUAGUACCAUCAAUGUGCUUGAGAAUGCAUAUUUUGUUUGAUAGUUUACAGUGCAUUUUCAGUAUUGUUUGUUUCUUUAAAAUGAUAUUUUCUGGGUCAUUUCUGCUUUCAUACUACAUUCCUAAGGAGUUUCAAAUGAUUUUUGCUGAAUAACAGUAUCCAUAAAGGGUAAUUUUAAUUUACAGGUAGAUAAACUGAGAUACAUAUGGUUAAAUGAUGGUGGGAUAUGUUCUAGAACAUUAAGAGCACUUAUUGGGCCGUACCACUCUAUAUUAACCACUUUACUAAGGAAACAUAGUUAUGCACUUUUUAGUAUCAAUCUCUUUACUAAGUACACCUUUCUAAUUAUGUUUUUUUUUAUACUCUUAAUUUUUUGGUUAUGUAUUUACAAACCUGAGGAAACUAAAUUGUUUUCUCAUUUACAGCUCUCAAUGACUGAAGAGAUGCUUUAGCUUCUUCUGAUGUAAGCUAGGGAAGUUUUGAACCACUAGUAUUUCCUCUGCAGUUGGAGGUUUUGAAUGUAGGAAGUCCCUUUACCUUCCCCACUUAGGUAUUCUUUUUAAUCCUUUCCCCACCUCUACUUUCCUUUAUUGCUUCUUCGAGCUUUCUCAGAGCCAGAUUCUUAGCUGUCUGCUUUCCUUGCAGAGUCUUUCCUUAUCCUAUUUGAUUAUGUGGAGUUGAUUAUGGCAGCCUUUGAAAUUAUUGUUACCCUAUAGCACAAUGAAGUUAUUGUUCUGAGUGGAAAAAAAAUGCUAAUAUUGACUCUGCAGUGGAACCACAUUAUUUUAAAGACUCAUAUAAAAGCACUAAUGGCCACAUUUUAAGAUAUUUAACUAUCUAAUGAUAUAGAUAGAUGCUUAAUGAGAUUUUCAGAGUACCUUAGGUGCUAAUGAGUCGAUAGAAGAUGGGUACCUAAGAAAUUCUGAAAAUCCCAUUGGGCACUUACCUAAUCUGUCCGUGAAUGUACAGGGUGGGCAGAAAGCAAACAGAGAGUAUUACUGCAUGAAAGCAGUUAUCAGAAAAGCCUCAAAUGGUCUUGGAAAGAUACUCAAGUAUCUCUUAAGUUCUUAAGUUAUUAAGAAAUACUAUCAUUUGGGCAAUGUUCAACCAGAAGUUAGAACCUGGACUAAAUCUGUGACUGCUGGAAGGUAUGAUAAGGGUUAGAUCACCCUACACUUGCUCUGUUUUUUAUAGUAUUGCUCUAAAGCAGAGGUGGGCAAAGUCCAGCCCACAGCAGACUCCAUUUCCUAGCAGCCCCUGCUCAUGUCAUUGAGGCUGCUUUCCAUGGAGACCCCAGCAAUAGCGGGGCUGUGACAGUGCGGUGUCAGAGUUCCCAGCAGCACUGGCAGGGUGUGUGGCUGGGCAGGGAGCUGCUCCGGGGCUGGGAUUUUGCAUGGUCCAGGGCGGUGACAGCAUGGUUCGGAGCUGGGGCAGAACUGCUAUCUGCUGCCCACAUGCCGGCUCUGGAUCACACUCACUGCCGCUAGAUCCUGGCCCCAGAGCAGCUCCCUGCCCAGCUGUGCAGCCUUGCCAGUGCUGCUGGGGUCAGUCUCCAUGGAAAUCCUGGCCCCGUGCUGUCACAGCCCUGCCACUGCUCGGGUCUCCAUGGAAACCAGCCAAAAUGGCAGGGGCUGCUGGGAAAUGGAGACCAGCCACUAGUUUGCCUACCCCUACUUUAAAGCAUCUGCCAUUUUUGUAUGGUCAGGAACAAGGUACUGAGCUAGAUGGACCUUUGAUCUGAUCCAGCAUAGCAGUUCUUUUAUGUUCUUGAAUCUUAAAUGUGAUCGAAGGGAGUACCUUAGUUUUUUGUUUGCUUGUUUUGUUGUGGGGUUUGUUUAGUUUUUUGUGAAUUUUUCUCUGUUAAUAAAUUUGAAUUUUGGACCUUCUUUCCGAAUAUAUUGCAAUGAUCAUCAUUAAAAUAUUUAUAAUUCUUACUUGCAGGUAAUGGACCUUACCAUGCUGUAUAGGUUAAUAUUAAUUAGAAAGAAAUAAAACAUGAAGAUUUUUAAUGUAAACUUUGCAUAUUAUAUCUCUGCUCACAUAAAAAUGCUUUAAAUCACUUAUGACAUAUAGCUGAGGGCUUAUUCCUGGAAAAAAACAAGAUGUGGGAAAGUACUCACUGAAACCAUACAGCAGUGUUUUUGCAGCCAGAGAGUUCACUUUUAAAUUAAAUGCUAUGUAGGCUUUGUUAUCUCACAUGUAUAUUUUUGUCCUGUUUAAGUAGCUUCAUCUACUUUUAUAGGUUAGGUUGGAAUUGAAGCUUAAUCCCUCUUCUGUAAUCUGAAGAAAUUUGCCUUAAUAUGUCAUGUAAUUGUGGGCGUUUCUUAGACAUAUUAAAAAAGCUAUGCUACUUCUGCCAUGGAAGAGCAGGUGUGCACAUACCGUUACACUUUUAUGACUUGCUCUAGUCCUCUUCUAAAUGCAGUUUCUUACUGGGAUUCAUCUACUUUAUUGUUAUAGUUCAUUGGUCUUGCAAUAUCUUAUCUCACAACUGGAUUUGGACCGGAAGGGGUCUGAGUGCAUCUUUCAUCGUGAGAUUCUGUAUGCAUGGGGUACUGAUAAAACAUUUUUGUAGCAUUUUGCAUGGGUUUUUCAUGUUUAUUUAUAAAGUGUUUUACAGGUAAACUGUAUUUAGAGAUGUAUUGCAAGAAAUAAAGAUAAAUUUUAACUUACUUUUCUUUUCAAAUGCACAAAGAAAAUAUAAUGGUGUUUUGUUUUGCAAAAUUUAUGGGUUCACUUAAUAAAAGAGAAAUAGACUUUUUGAUACAAAGACCUGAGGACUAAACAUACCACUUAAACUAAGGUAAACUCUUGGGCGACCUGUUACAGUAUCUAAAAGUGUUAGCUCUAGCUCUGUGUCUUUUAAGGAAGUUCUGGAUCUAUAUUAAUCUAAUCUGUUUUAACCUUAAUCCAUAUUAAACAGUGCUGUAAACA